UGUUCCGAAUGUACUCUUACGAUCAGAGUAUUCACAGAUGUUAAGAGUAUUAAUUGAUGAUCGGAAUAUCGUCUUAUGAUCACCUUUGAGAUUUCGAAUGUACUCUUACGAUCAGAGUAUUCUCAGAUGUUUAGAGUAUUAAUUGAUUAUCGGAAUAUCGUAUUAUGAUCACCUUUGAGAUUUCGAUAUUCUUCUGAUGAUUAAAGUAAAAAGUAUAUAAAUUACUCUUUUAUAUUGUGUUUGCCUACAUCCUAUAUUCUACGAUCAUCACAGGACACUCUCAAGAUCAGAUCCUUUGGUACUCAAAGUAUGCUCUCCCAUAUUAUUCUGCGACGAUCAGAGUAUUUUCUAAUGCUUAGAAUAUCUUGCAAUAAUAAUAGUAAAUAACUUCUUGAAAUUUAUUGUUCCUACAUUUCACUUUACAAUAUACGAAAUAACCUUAACCCCUCACCAAUACUCUUUCUAGAUGACCUACAAAAAUCAAAUUAGAUAAAAUUUUCUAAAUACUUUAAUUAUGAUGAGUCCCAAAGCUCAAGAUAAUCCCAAUGAACAAAUAAAUAAUAAAUUUAAUAAAAUUACAAAAGAAUUGCAGAAAAAACGGACAAUUGUGAAAAUAACAUCAAAAGAACAACAGACCAUAACCUUGAGGCAACAACAACAACAACAACGAAAACUAUAUAAUAAUAAUAAAAGUUUAAUGGUGAAACCAAUUAUAAACAAUAGCAACGAUAGUAACACUUCAAUAAAAGCGUCAAACAAAACAUGUAAUCUAAUCGGUAAAAUGAUAAACGACGUAAGCAAAACGACGAUCUCCGGCUUGAGCCAUCAGCAGCAGCAACAACAGCAACAGCAGAGUAAACAAAAUGAUAAAACGACAGCAGCAAUUAUAGAAACGACAACAAGUGCUCAAACGAAUACAUUGAACAAUUGCUGUGAAGGUGGAAAAAAUGAAAUUGUUGAUGAUUUUCAUAUUUAUAAUACCGAUAAUGAACAGCCGAGUUUAAACGAAGUUAACAGAGAGAGUUUAUCAUUAGUUAACGAAACACUAGCACUUGUUACUGUUCAAUCUAAAGAGCUGGUAGCGAGAGAAGAGGUUAAGGGAGAGAAUUUACUAGUAACGGUACAACAGCCAUUGUUAUUACAAAAUUUCAACAAAUGUCUGAGGCAUAAAAACAUAAUAAACAAACCAUUAGACGACAGUUAUCAAAGAACUGUAGAUCUAGACGCAUUUAAAGCUAGAGAAUACAAUUUUCAAUGUGAACUACUGGAAUAUAAAAAGUCAAGCGAUCAUCAACAAUUACAAAAGGAUUAUUAUACGACGAACGCAGAUGUAGUGGAGAAUUGUGGAGAAGAGCUGAAAUUUAAAAGUUUAUCAGAACGUAAAGCUCAAUUGAAAAAAGAAUUCUUUAAAGAUUUAAACACGCAAACAGUGAAAUUAAAAACGUUAAAUAACGAGCAAACUUUGAAUAAAAGAAUUUUGAAAAAACAGCAUAAUUUAAAAUUGAAAAUACCCAGGGACUGUAAUAGGCAAAAAGAGCCGUCAGUGGAUUUAAAACAAACCCCCUUAGUGGCCUUAAGAAAAUUGGAUUUACAAAAGAAACAACAACAGCAAACAUCCAAGGACUUAAAUAGUUUAAACAUUAACAAUUUUACGCAAAAAAUACAAUUUCCUAGAGUUAAAGAAUUAGCCAAGCGGUUCGAUUAUAAAGUCAAUAUGAUUUUGCCACAAACUAAAACGUCAACAGAGGCUAAAGCCCAUAACAAAUUAGAGGCCAUGGUAGAAAGACACAGUCCUCUAUCGGAUGAAGGCUGCAACAUAGGUCAUAGUCCUUAUUCAUCUGAUGAUGACAAUGAUUCCAUACGCACUACCAAUACGGCUAUAGAAAGAAUUCCAGCUACUAAGCAAAAGGAUAAGGUGGCCAGAUCUGCUAGUAGUGAUUCGGCUUUGGGUUUGGAGGUAGAUGAGCCCAUGGAUGUGUCAGAGGCUCCACAACCUAAUCAACAGAAAAGAAGAAUGACUUUAACUGUUACCGAUUUGCCUUUAAGACCGGCUCUGUUACCUUUAGCCGAACCCACUUUACUGCCCGACUCUCCCAUUAUCGAUACGCCUGUGCCCAGUGUUGGUCAAAAUUUAAACCAAAUACCUACAAAAGUAUUGCUAGAAGAAAGAGUAGUUGAAAUACCUGAAGUUCCCGGUUCAGGUUUUAGUUCCAGACGUGAAUCCUCGCAGUCCUGUUUCAGUGAUUAUCCUCCCGGUGAAAUGCAAGGUGUACGUUUCGUACGCACACCCUCUGUGGUGGUCUCCGACUAUUCAGAUGAUAUUACUUGCGGCAUAACCCUAGAGGAAAUCGAGUAUUUUCGUGCCCAACGUUUGCGGCGACGUCGUUCCUCUUUGGAAACCUCCGGCACCGAAAAAGAUGCGCUCGACAAUAACUCCGACAUCUCAGCCUCUUCCUCGUGCAGUAACCUCUACUACUGUGGCUCCACCAUAUCGGCCCUCGAUGGAGCCGAAUGUUUAGUUAAUGGUGUGCGUCAGCAAUUGGAACGUAAAACCUCAGACUGUUCGACCUGUUCGAUAAGCGGUGAUGAGGAUACUAAUUUCAGCAUACCCGAGCAGCCCGAAGAUUGUCAAGACAUCACCGAUAUGCUAGCCAAUCAGCAUUUGACCAGCAAACGUUCGAAAAAGCCCUCUGGUUGGCGUAAGAUACGCAAUAUAGUACAAUGGACUCCCUUCUUUCAAACGUACAAAAAGCAGCGCUAUCCCUGGGUUCAAUUGGCCGGUCAUCAGGGAAAUUUCAAGGCAGGACCCGAACAGGGUACAGUGUUGAAGAAAUUAUGUCCCAAGGAAGAGGAUUGUUUUCAUAUACUAAUGAAAGAUGUUUUAAGACCCUAUGUGCCGGAAUAUAAGGGUCAAGUUACCAGUGAAGAUGGGGAGUUGUAUCUCCAAUUGCAAGAUCUAUUAAGUGAUUUUUAUCAGCCCUGUGUUAUGGAUUGUAAAAUUGGCGUACGCACCUAUUUGGAGGAGGAGCUGUCAAAGGCUAAGGAGAAACCUAAACUGCGCAAAGAUAUGUAUGAGAAAAUGAUACAAAUUGAUCCGAAUUAUUUGAAGGCCCGUUACAUCCAGCGUUUACGUGCUAUACGCGCCACCCUCGAAUGUUCAGACUUCUUUCGCAGUCAUGAAGUUAUCGGCUCUUCUCUGCUCUUCGUACACGAUCGCAAGCAGGCCAAUGUCUGGUUAAUAGAUUUUGCCAAAACAGUUCUAUUGCCAGAAAACCAUUACAUUGAUCAUGCCAGCACCUGGAAGGUGGGCAAUCAUGAAGAUGGUUAUUUGAUUGGCAUCAAUAAUCUCAUAGAUAUAUUUAACGAAUUAGAAAUGGAAAUAAAUACCAUAACCGACUCAUCAACAGCAUCUUCCACUUCAUUAACACCCUCGACUGGAUCAUCGCCAGCCUCAUUAUCACCGAAAAGAAGAACAAGUGAAACGAAUUUGGCAGAGAAGGAACAGCAGGAAGAAAGGCAGGAGGAGGCCCAGGAGGAAAACAUUUUAGAGCAGCAGAAACCAGAACAAAUAGUUAAAGACGAACAUAAUGAGCCUUUGCAAGAGCAACAGGAAAUAUAAAAUAUUUUUAUAUUUUUUUUAUAUAUUUUAUUUACAAAAACUAUAUAUAUUUUUCUAAAUUAAAGCAAAAAUAUUAAAAUAAUAUUUAUAUAUUAAUAAGUUUAAAACAAACAAUUUCUAAGCACUUUAAAGACUGAAAUUUAGUAAUUUAUUAUUUUUCUUUUAGUUUUAUUAAUUUUUAAUAUUAUCUUUAUACUUUUAAAUAAUAUUAAUAAUUUGCUUAAUAUUUUUAAUUUUUUUAUUUUUAAUUUUUA